AUGGCGUCUGAGGCAAACAAUUUCACUUCUAUCUAUCUAUCUAUCUAUCUAUCUAUCUAUCUAUCUAUCUAUCUAUCUAUGAUACUCUGUUCAUCUAUCUCUAUGCAACUCCCAGUCUAUUCAUAUCUAUCUAUCUAUCUAUCUAUCUAUCUAUCUAUCUAUCUAUCUAUCUAUCUAUCUAUCUAUCUAUCUAUGAUACUCUGUUCAUCUAUCUCUAUGCAACUCCCAGUCUAUUCACAUCUAUCUAUCUAUCUAUCUAUCUAUCUAUCUAUCUAUCUAUCUAUCUAUCUAUCUAUGAUACUCUGUUCAUCUAUCUCUAUGCAACUCACAGUCUAUUCACAUCUAUCUAUCUAUCUAUCUAUCUAUCUAUCUAUCUAUCUAUCUAUCUAUGAUACUCUGUUCAUCUAUCUCUAUGCAACUCCCAGUCUAUUCACAUCUAUCUAUCUAUCUAUCUAUCUAUCUAUCUAUCUAUCUAUCUAUCUAUCUAUCUAUCUAUCUAUGAUACUCUUCUAUUCAUCUAUCUAUUCAUCUAUUCAUCUAUCUAUCUAUCUAUCUAUCUAUCUAUCUAUCUAUCUAUCUAUCUAUCUAUCUAUGAUACUCUGUUCAUCUAUCUCUAUGCAACUCCCAGUUUAUUUACAUCUAUCUAUCUAUCUAUCUAUCUAUCUAUCUAUCUAUCUAUCUAUCUAUCUAUCUAUGAUACUCUGUUCAUCUAUCUCUAUGCAACUCCCAGUCUAUUCACAUCUAUCUAUCUAUCUAUCUAUCUAUCUAUCUAUCUAUCUAUCUAUCUAUCUAUCUGUGGAGCAUGCAUUAGUAAGCUAA